CUCCUCGCCGCGCCUGCGUCUUUGUCAACUUCGUAAUUAUACACUCGUUGGUUUGGACGACCAUUGUAGUCGUUCCUUCUAGGCCAGCUAUCAUUCAUUCCUUAUUACUUCAGCUUAUUCUUUGCUAUCCACUAUUACCACGGGAUUUAUAUCCCGUACAAAGACAAGCUCGCACCUACUAAAUUCAUGUAUCAAUGCAUACUUGAUCCCAAAGAACAGCCGGCUUCUGUUCUCUACUUCUCUCUCCUUUUGGUGGUCUCUUUUGGUUGAUUCCCACACCCAUUAUUAUAUUAAAAUUUAUCCCAGACCUACCACCCCCAAUGGCGAACAUAACUUGCCAAGGAAGCAUUAGUUUGGUUGACAACACUGCUUCCUCACAACCUCCGGAACGAGUCCUUACACAUACCACAUCUGCCCCAGGUCUACCGUCAAUAACCAGACUGUUCACCAAGAGCUCCGUCAAAAGUGAGCUGGCAAAGCGAAAAUACGCAAAAUGGCAACGAGAAAGACUCGACAUGCCGGACAGCGCCGGUCUGAAGCGAAACUCAACUCGGUACUCGUUAACAGACAAUCAAAGUGACAGCCGAAGCGCCGUGCAAGACACAGAAGACUCUCGCGAGAGACAAAAUCCCAACCUGGAGCUGUUGAAUGUUGUCCCAACGCAGACGCGUUCCGUGGAUUUGGACGCUAAGCCGGCUUCGGAGCUUGAUAUCUUGUAUGAGAAUCAGAGAGGGUGGUUUUUCUUCGGCAUCCCGUUUUAUUCGGACCGCUCACUACUUCAAUUCGACCCGUCAGCCUGGGUGACCAAGGACUACAAUGAUAGUCCGGUCGACAUAACGAAUGCACAAGUUCCCGAUCCUAGCUGGGAGUGGGCUUGGCAGACGUGGUUUGUGGAUAUGUCCGACGAUGUUGAUGAAGAAGGAUGGCAGUAUUCAAUCUCGUUCGGAAUGAAAUGGGGUUGGCACGGAACACACCCAUGGUUUCAUUCAUGGGUGCGGCGAAGACGCUGGGUGAGGCUACGAACUAAGAAGAAGCAUAUGCGUGGAAGAGCUAGAGCGGAUGAAACAGGCUGGGAAUUAGCCCAUCGAUUAAACGAGGACUAUUUCACGAUUCACUCGCAGAAUGUGAUGAGUAGAGAGCCGAGUCUUUUGGCAGAUCCAACUAUUUCUUCCCCUGCGAAUAAUAGACAGAGUGUUGGUACCUCGUUGGAUGGGCUGGUGAUUGAGGACAUUGAAGACAUACCGACGUUACUGCAAGCGCUCAAAGACGCGAUUAUAGACCGAGAAAGGGUGGAGAUUCUGAAGAAGUUUCUAGCUCAAGGUGGGGAAGAGCUCUUUUAUCUCGCAGAGCAGGUCCCCGAAAUCCUAUCAUUAUUUGUAUUCCAAACCUCGCGAUGGCAGUUCCUGAAUCUCAUACAAGAUUCCAUAGACCAGGAAUCUUCGGAAAACACCAGCCCGUCGAAAAGCGACGACAAGGAAAUUGAAGCAAGACGGCGACGGCGAAACAACCUAUCUAAAACUUUAGACGCUAUCAACAAGGAGAUCUCCGGCUACGAGGUGUUCGACAUCACAAAGGAAGCGCAGGUCGGAAGUGGUGGUUCUUUUAAGUCAUCGCCUGGAAAGGCCAGGGAAAGCUCAAUCAGCGAGAUCAGGGGGAUUCCCAAAGCAGCGAAUAUUGGAAAAGAAGGUCAUAUAUAUUAGCAUCCAGCAUUCACUUCUUUGGCUGAGCCUUGUUCUUUUAUGUAAAUAUCAUUUUCUUAAAUAAUAACCUGUCACUGGCAGUUACAGAGCACCUUUUAAUAUCUGCUACAUGUAUAUAUAGAUAAGAGAAUGUCCUGUC